ACGCCGCCCGCGCGGGGCCCUGCGCGGCCCGCAGACUACGAGUCCCGUCAGGCCCCGCGGCCGGGCCGGGCUGGGGCCGGCGGGGAGCGGGAGGCGGGGCCGUGCGGUUCGGGCGGGAGAUUCGGGCUCUGGGAUCGGCACUGGAGGGAUCUGAGGGGAAUGUGUGUCCUAGCAGGACACUGACUCUAGAGGAUCCCGAAUGGCUCCAGUUAAAAUCAGCUACGUGGUGUCCUUCUCCUCACAGGACCCCAAGUACCCAGCAGAGAACCUGCUGAGUGAGGGCAGCGUCCGGCCCUGGCUCGGCUGCCCCCAGGACCGCAGCGCACGGCUGAGCGUGGAGCUGCAGCUGGAAAGAGCCAGUCCCAUCGGCUACGUGGACAUUGGGAACUACGGCUGCGCCUUCCUGCAGAUCGAGGUGGGACGUUCCUCGUGGCCACGUGACCAGCCCUACCUCACCUUGGUGCCCACCGUCACGCUGAUGACACCAGAAGACUCAAAGCUGGGCCGGAAUCGCUGCGGGGUCCGGAUGUUUAAGGAAGACUUCCCGGUGCCGGCGGUAGGGCAGCUCUGGGACCGCCUGCGGCUCACCUGCAGCCAGCCCUUCAGCCCGCACAGCCGCUUCGGGCUCUCCUUCAUCCGCCUGCGCACGCCACAGGAGCAGGAGCCUGAGCCCCCCCGGCCACCCCUGGGCCCGCGGGGCCUGGAGCCCCUCGAGGUGCCGCCUCGGAGCCCAGAGCCCUGGCUGGCCCCUCCUGCGAACCUGACCCUCCCUGUCCCCAGGAGACCCAGUGCAGAGGAGCAGCUGAGGAGCCGCCUGUGGCAGCUGGAAGGGGGUGCUGGGAGCCCGGCCUGCCUCAGCCGCCCGGCCCGGCUGGUGCUGUUGGCAGCGCGGAGUCGGGCACCGAGGCCGGGGGGGGACCCAGAGCUGCUGGCCGAGGACCUGGGACGUCCCAUGGUGCCAGAGGGCUCUGCACAGGACAUCCCUGCAGCCUCCCCAAGCACCUGCAAGCAGCCAGACAGGUGCCGCGCUCCCAGCCCUGCUGGCAGGGCUCCAGCUGCUGCCUCAAGGCCACCCAUGGUCAGAGGAAGAGCCCAAACCCACGGCCACCGAGAGAGACGGGCCAGGAGGAGGGGCAGGGGACAGGCCAGCGGUGACAGGGAGACGGGCGUCUGCCCCAUCUGCUCAGGCCGCUUCCUCCUGGAUGUGCUCCCCACGCACGCCUCCCACUGCGGGGAAGAGCCCCCUGCAGCCUGGCCCUCCUUGUCCCCUGACACCUGGGUGUCCUGUCCCAUUUGCCAGCUGCCUUUCAGCAUGGCAGAGGUGGAGCAGCAUGCCAGCACCUGUGGUGAGACGCUGUCCUCAUCCCAGCACCUGCAGUAGGACAGCAGAGCUGGGGACAAACCCUGUGUCACCACCCCCCGGGGGCUGAAGCCACAGUGCUGGACCCAGCUGUGGUGCAAGGAGCGAGGGGCAGAGACGCAGCAGCCCCAGGACGUUUGUGGCAAGACUGGUGGGGUGGAUGGAGAAGGUGUUUCCAGCCCCUUGGCCGGGUUUGGGGGGGGGUGGCUUAAGGGGCCUGAAACACUGUAAUGGCAGGAGUUGCUGCUGGAGAAGAAUAAAUUAAAGGAAAGAAGGAGGGGAGAGAGAAAUGCUCUGUGACUGCCCCGUGCCACAGCAGGUUCCCUGGGUGAGCAUUCUGCC